AUUGUUGAAUUGUAAUCAGAAACUGUUUCUCUUCAAUCAGUUUAAGCCUAUUUUCAAAUGUUACGAUUGGUUUGUUUUUCCUCCAUCAGUAUUUGUAAACUCCCGUUACAUGUUUCGUGUAAAUAAAGUGAUUUAUUGCUGAAAAUUGCAAGUUCCAGCGACGGAAAAUAUCUUAUACGAUGCUUCCGGGUAUCGGAAUGUUCGGCACCGGCGAAAUCACCCGGGUGCUGGUGCCCAUCCUGCGGGACAAAGGCUUCAACAUUGCGGCCAUUUGGGGGCGCACCUUGCGAGAAGCCGAGGAAGCCGCCCUGGAGCUACAGAUACCGUUUUUCACCAGCAAAAUUGACGACGUGCUGCUGCGGAAGGAUGUCGAUAUGGUGUUCAUCACCUGUCCACCGUAUUUGCACUCGCAGAUUUCCGUCAAAGCGCUCGGGAUCGGGAAGCAUGUGGUCUGCGAUAAGCCCAUGAGCCUGUUUCAAACGGAUGCCCUCAAGAUGGUCCGUGCUUGCCAGUAUUAUCCCUCGUUAAUUUCCAUCGUGAAUCACUCGUUGCGUUUCUUGCCAGCCAUCGGGCACAUGAAGAAAGCCUUGCAGGAGGGUUAUUUGGGACCGCCGGAGCAGCUGUCGUUGAUCGAUGUCAAGGUCCGAAUGAGUUCCUUGUUUCAUAACAAGUUCGACUGGUUGUGCGAUGAGACGAUGGGAGGAGGAGUUCUUAAUUUAGUAGGAAGUCACGUCAUAGAUUUGGUGAAGUUCUUAACAGAAAGGAAGGCUGUCAAGGUUCACGGAACAGUUCGUACCUACAUCAAGCACUUGGGUCAGAUCAAUGGGAUUCGUCAGAUUACUGCUCCAGACUUUUGCACAUUCCAAAUGGAACUGGAAAGUGGGACACUGGUUACGGUCAAUAUAAACUGCCACAUUUCGAAUAAUGCGUUCCACCAGGAAGUAGCCGUAUAUGGAGGAGAAGGUCACUUGACGGUAAGAGGAGGCGAUUUGGUGGGUCACCGGACAACCGGCGAAGCUGGAACGAUCAAAGAGGAAAUGCUUUAUCUCGACGUACAGGAUUUACAAUUUUCCACAUCGGAAACGACACUGCCAAGGCCUUACGUGAAAGGACUCUGUAAAAUGGUUGGUGCUUUACGCGAUGCGUUCCAUCCGAACAAAGAAACCGCUGGUUGGAUAAAAGAACCGGUCCAGGCAGCUGCUACUUUUGAAGACGGUCUCUAUGUUCAAGCCGUGUUGGAUGCCGUGCGGAAAUCCAGCGAAGAUCGUUGCUGGACAAAGGUAAAUAUUUGCACUGAUUCUCCAACCAAUCAGAAAUUUUUAUCCGCCGCCAGGAUGACCUCAGCAACUGCCCUCCACUGAAUAAGAGCGGGUUGGCUUUUCUUAAAAGUAUUAGCUAUUUAUUUAUAUUUUAAUGCUUUGCAUUUAGAGAUUGAAUAGCAUUUUUUUUUAUCUAUAUGCUGUGCUAUUUUUUAUAGUUUUAACACUUAACUUUUCACCGAUAUUGCGCCUAAUCUAUAUUGUCUUGUUAUUCACUGCUUUUACACAUUCGAAUACAUGGUUGCUAUUAAAUGAUAAAUCUCUCUAUUAUAAUAGAAUAAUGAGAACUUCCUUAUAAAUGACUACGCAGCCUUGUUUGUCAAUGAUUGGUUUGUGUGAUCGGUGAAUAAAUUAGCGAAUUAUUCGGUGGAAGCUGGAUGUUGAAAAAGAAGGAAAUAUCCAACUACAGCCUGAUCAGCAUCUGAGCGGCGUGUGCUAUCGAACGAUAUUCCCUGAUGACGUAAAAAAAUGCGAGAGUUUCUAAAAUGAGUUUAAAGAUAUUUUCAGCAGAUGUAAACGUGCAAAUCGAAAGAAAACAACAACUCAUACAUGAAGCCUUAAUUCGGUUACCAACUGUAGACGCGAGAUAAUUAAUUUAGAAACGAAAAUCAGAACGAACUGGCACGUUCUAGACCGGACUAGAUGCAGAUACAGUUAUUAAGAAAAUGAAAUGAAAGGUAGAGGAAAAACGAACCUUCUCCUUUGCAUAACAUUUUCUAUGCUUAGCAGAUACUGGCUUAAGACAGCGCAUGAGAUAAGAAAAACACGCCCACGCUAUACACACGCGUGCAUAAAUUAUCCAUCUCUCUUUAUCCUUUAGCAAGGAUACGUUAAGCUCUACAAAUGUGUUGCAAUCUUCUCCUGAUCUGGAAACGCCAUAAGCAAAUAGGAAAAUGGUAAUAAGAAUUUAGCCCUUAUGAGGCCGUAGUGUUAUUUUUAGAUUACAGUAGGGAAUUAGACUAAAAAGCUGGUAUUGAAAGGGAUUCGAAAAAUUACCAGCUGAAAUAGAACCAUUAUUUAAAAUACAUAUCGAUGUUACACCAUGUAGGAUUAAGACCCAUAUUGUACAUACUGCCUGGAAAUAAAUCAAGUUCAAAACUCA